AUGGACGAUGAGAGUAGAAAAGUUCCUGACGUGGUUCAAUUCCAAGGUAAUCAAACUCUCUGCGGUAUAGGAGGAAAUUUGGAUAAUAACUAUAAAAACGAUGUUGUGUAUAGAAACGGUACAGUGUUCCAAAUUACUAAUAAUCCUGUAAAAUACGAUGCAGCAUUUAAUCACGCGGAAGAUUCAUGGAUCACCACGAAUUUCCUGGAACUUCGACCAAACGCACCGGCUUGUGUUACCGGAGAACAAGCCAGUAAUUUGACAAACUGUGAUUCACAAAAUGCUGCUACUGUAUGUGCUCCAAUACAGGCUGCAAUGUCUGAAGAUGGCCCAUUUUCAGAUUGUUAUGUUCUUGGAAACGACACGAUACAAGCAAUGUAUGAUAACUGCGUUUAUGAUGUCUGCCAUGCUCCGGAACAAAAAUGCAAUGUGCUACAGAUGUUUGCGAGAACCUGCCAAGCAGCUCUUGAUCGUCUUGUCCAGCCACCUGCGCUGAUUCGAGUGCUCCUGACUUUUGCGAUCUACGUAAGAAUUUGUUACAAAAUUAUCAUAGCUCUUAGACUCACUUAUACAGCUUUUAGCAUGUUCUGAGG